UAUUUCGUAGAAUCAUUGUUAAUGAUAAUCAUAGACUGAUACAGAGACACACAUUCUUGCUACAACGCAAAAUAAUUAAUAUUUUAAUCUAACAAUUAAUUUUGUUAAACUAAAAUCACUGAUAAUGAUUUUAAAGUGUUUUUCUAAAAUCCUGAACUCAUCAUUGAUUCAAUCAAGACGAGGUGUUCAUAGAUUAGCAAUAUUUUCAGAUGCAAAUGCCAAAGAAUUUGUUGGAAAAAAAACAAAAGUUCAGGGAUGGGUACGAGCAGUACGAAAAAUGAAAGAUAAUGUAUUUAUUGAUAUAAAUGAUGGCUCAAUGAGUAAACAUUUUCAAAUUGUUGUUAAAAAAUCAAUGAAACCAAAUAAUUUAACAUACGGUUGUAGUGUAACAGCUACAGGACAAAUAUCAUCACCAUUAAAUGAUAAAAUUGAAAUGUUAGCUGAUGAAAUUAAUGUUAUUGGUGAUUGUAAUUAUGAACUUGGUUAUCCAUUUUAUCCUAGAAAAACAUAUAGCCAAGAUUAUAUACGUCAAUAUUUACAUUUAAGAGCAAGAACAAAAUUAUUUUCAAGUAUUUUACGUAUACGUAGUUUAGCAACAUCAGCAGUUAAUGAUCAUAUGAAAAAUCGUGGUUUUAUUAAUGUUCAUACACCAAUUAUAACGUCAAAUGAUUGUGAAGGAGCUGGUGAAGUUUUUAAAGUUAUUCCAGAGAAUCAAGAUUAUCUAAAAAAUAUUAAAAAAGAAUCACAAAAUUAUGAUGAAGCAUUUUUUAAUGCUAAAUCUUAUUUAACUGUUUCAGGACAAUUUCAUUUGGAAACACUUGCAAGAUCAUUAUCAAAAGUUUAUACAUUUGGUCCAACAUUUAGAGCUGAAAAUUCAAGAACACGAUUGCAUUUAUCAGAAUUUUAUAUGAUUGAAGCUGAAAUGGCAUUUAUAAAUAAAAUUGAACAACUUACAAAUGAAGCUGAAUUAUUAAUAAAACAUAUGACAAAUGAAAUAUUUAAUAAUUGUGCUGAUGAUAUUGCAACACUGGGUGUUAAUCCACCAAGUUGGUUAAAUGAAAAAUUUUUAUAUUUAACAUAUAACGAGGCUAUUGAUAUUUUAGAAAAAAAUAUUGACAAAUUAACAAUUAAUAUUAAACAUGGUGAUAAUUUAUCAAAAGAACAUGAAUUAUUUAUUGUUAAUUAUUGUAACAAUAUACCUGUUUUUAUAAUUAAUUGGCCAAAAGAAAUUAAGCCAUUUUAUAUGAAAGAAUGUCAAGAUGAUUCUACCAAGGUUGAUGCAAUGGAUCUAUUGGCACCAGAUGUUGGUGAACUAUUUGGUGGAAGUUUGAGAGAAGAUAAUUAUGAUAAAUUAAAAGAAAAAAUUCCAAAAACAUCUGAUAUUGAAUGGUACCUUGAACUACGUAAAUGGGGUAAUGUUCCAACAGGUGGAUUUGGAAUGGGAUUUGAACGUUAUCUUCAAACUGUACUUGGUGUUUCUAAUAUCAGAGAUGUCAUUCCUUUUCCAAGAUGGGCCCACAAUUGCAGUUUAUGAAAUAAAUAUUUUCAGGAUGUUGUAGAUUUCAUUUAAAACCUCAUAAUUCCUUGAUAAUUUUUCCUUCAACUUUUCAAAUGAUUAUUUAAAAAAAAAAACAAAAAAGAAUGGCUUGUCUAAAUGAUGAGCAACACAAAAAAAAAAAAACUAAAACAAGUUGAAGCUUCAACAAGCUUCAACAAAAAAAAAACAACAAAAACUGAUGACAUCUUUCACAGGUCCUGGUUCCUCCAUGUCGAUUUUUUUUUUUUUUUGAUCAACGUUGAUUUGGUGAUUAAUUGCAUGGAAAAGGUUCAAAGGUUUAUUUGAUUUUUUUUUUUCUCAUUGAUCCAACCUGAGAAUUGUUGAUUAAAUGAAAUUCAACAAAUUCAAAAGUUGAAUAGAAAAAAAAAUAUCAGUAAUAAAUAAAAAACAACAUAAUUUUUUUAUUAUUUCUAAGAUAGGAUAUUUUUAUUAAUUAGUAAAACGAACAUACAACUAAAUUUAAAAAAAAAAAAAAAUCAUUAUUUAUUAUCAUUAUUUAUUUUGCCUAUACAUUGGCAUAUUUCUUCUGACGUUGAAAGCCUGAAAAAAUUAUCUUCAACUUCUUCUUCAUGUUGCUUAAUUAUUACAAUUACAAUGUUGUAAAUUUUUUUUUCCAUUAUUUCUUAUAUUUAUUAGUAAUUUUUUUAUAUUUAUUUGAAUUAAGGGAUUAUGGAUUUUUAAGGGGUGGUAAUGAGAAUGGAAUAUGAAAAAAAAGUCACCCUCCAAGAUGAUAAACAGUUUUUUUUUUUUUUUUGUUCAUUUUUUUUUUUCUUCUUUUUGUACAACAAAAUAAUGUUAUUAUUCUAUUUGAUAAAUUUCUUAAUUUACGAAAAGCUAAUAUACUCAAAAAAGUUAUUAGCCUAUUUCUCAUUUUCGUCUUUUCAUUUUCAAUUUGUUGGUUUUGUUUUUCCAUCACAAUGCCAUUGUGAAUUAUGAUUUUAUGUACAAUUUAUAACAGAUAAUUGUAUAUCACACAUUUUGUACAACCUCAU